AUGAACAAUCUGAAACUUCAUGGAAAGUUUCUUCUAGGUGAGCUGGAAAUUGAUGAUGACCUAAAAAUCACUGUCAAAGACGAGGAACUCGCUUCAACCAGGAAGGCGAUAAUGUUUGACACCCUGUGUAAUGAUGUUAUCCCAAAAAGUAUUACAGAAAUACGCAGAUUAAGCUCCAGGCUGGCAGGUUACCCUGGCAUGUUAAAGAAAGAAGAUUUUGAAAGGACGGUAUUGACGAUGGUCUAUACAGCCUACAGGACAGCUCAGUCCCAAGCACAUCAGAAAGAGAACUGGGCAGAAUCCUUUGUAAAUCUUUACAAGCUUGUGAUGCAUGACUUGAAGUUGCUAUCCAGCCAAGCUCCAACUUCUCAGAGAACGUGA